AUGAUUUCGGCCCUUGAGCUGAUUGAAAUGACGACGCUUUUGCUGCUUUUGGUGGCCGUAGAGUGGUUGGUGGGUGUGGUGCAUUGCCUGGAGGAGUGUCCGUCAUCCGUUGGGCACGACUGGGACAAGUACGGAGAAGAUCUGUACAUCUGCCGGUCGCUGGUGUUCGCGGGACACACUGAACAGAGCAAGGUAAAGGCAAGAAAAGAACAGCAGUGGGAACACAGACACACAAGAAUGACCCGUUUGCUGUGCUGUGGGCAGGUGUGUCACAUAGACCUGUUGGCGUCUGUCCUCCGUGAUCUGCCCACCGCCUUUGAGUGCCCGCUUGGCAUCGCGUCGGCGUUCUUUUCACUCGCACACAUACUCACAUUUCAGGUUUGGUUUGCAGGUCAUCGACAUUAAUGGCGCGGAUGUCCCUCAUUGUCUUUCCCUUCUUCCUCCCCGUCCCGUGCAGGGCUUUGUUCGGCGGCCUCUCGCUCUGAUCCAGCUGGGCUUCAUCUAUGUGCAGAAAAACAGAGGUGGGUGGGACGGAUGCCUGGCGGAGUGAGCACUGGCUCAGCAACAUGCAUACAUACUGGUGCUCUCAGGUUUCCGCGAGUCGACUGCCUUCCCGGUGCAGGGAUGGGAUAUGCUGCUGGCCGGCAGAGCACUCAGGUGGGUGUCAAGAUCCACCGGACGGACGUCAGUGCAACAACCGUUCGUUGUGUGCGUGUGCGCUUUGUCAGGGAGCGUGUGGAGGUGCUUGAUGCGCCAUUCACGGUGGAUGUGCCCAAGACGACCAGACGUAAGCUGGAGAGGGGGGGAACGUUUGGCUGUCUUCUCACUCAUCUGACCGAUGCAGUUGCUGGUGAGAACAUCGCCAUUCUGUCGAUAUGUGGCUACGACGCGCAGCAGCCUGUGCGCAUGCUCGGUCGGUCGGUGAGAUCGAUGCCGUCCGCUGUCCAGUCAUGCACGUGUGGAGGAGGGGGGAUGCGUGUGUCUGUUUAGGGAGCGAGAACCACGCCAUGUACGCCGCCCGUCAUGGGUACACCCUCUACCAGCUCAACGAACCACAAGACACAACCAGGUGGGAAACACGGGACAAGUGAGUACAUCCGUGUAUUCCGUGUACAUGUGAGUGUGCAGGUCUGGCUUCUGGUGGAAAGUGGCAGCUCUGCGGCGCGUCAUGAAGCCAGGCAGGCAACCCCAUUCCACCCUCCAUCCACGCACACACACACAACGCACGAUGGAUGCCUCUCCCUCCCUCCCUCCCUCCCUCCCUCCCCCAGAUGCCCCGCACAAGCACACAUGGGUGUUGUGGCUCGACUGCGACGCCUUCUUCAUGGACCCCCACCGCACCAUCGACUCCAUCAUCGCUACUUACACACAGCGCUCACCCCCAAACCCCACACCCAUAGCCACACACACCACCAAUGCCACCAAUGCGACUGCGGUUGAGCUGCUGAUUGCCGACGACACAACGGGGCUCAACAACGGCGUGUUUGCGAUGCGGGUGGGUGCGUGGGGCCGGGCGUUUGUGGAGGAGUGGUGGAAGAGCUAUGCGGUCUUCGACGAGAGACACAACUGCUCCGACCAGGCCAGCAUGGAGGUCAGUGGUGGGUGGGGAAGGAGCGAGGGAUGGAGGGAUAUAUGCGAUGCAUCGUCUGUAUGCUGUGUCAGUAUUUACUGCUGCACCAGAGGGCGUUGGCGUUGUCAAGGAUAGGAAAGAAGGGCGAUUUCACCGACGAAUGGCAACCGUGGCCACCGCAGGUCGAUCAUUGCGACCAUUCCUCGAUCUCAUGUGCAUCUUUGUGCAUCUUCUCCAUGUCUCGACGGGCUGUGCAGGUGCGCAUAGUGCGUCAGAAGCAUUUGAAUUCCUUCCACAGCGCCACGGCAUCGCUCGUACUCUCGAGGCAAGCACGCCACAUACACGGGCGCACGAAUGACCGCGUCUCUAGACUUUGCAGGGAAUGGCAAGAAGGCGACUUCAUCAAACACCACCCAGGUGGCUGUGGAUGCAUAGAGGGCGGAUGAAGGAGGAGGGCAGAAUGAAUGCGCCGACGACUUUUCUGUGGUUUGUAUCAUUGUGUGUGGGCAGGUUGUCACUACUACAAGAAGCCCUGCCAGCAGCUGUACUUCCAGGCACACCAGUACUUCUACACACAGCUGGUGAAGGACAGCCAACAGCCCACAACACCGCCAUCAUUAUCGCAUCAGAAUGCUUCCACCACACAGCAGCUCGACAGCAGUAGGACAUACAGUGAGGCUGGCAGUAGUGUCCCGACGGUUGUGGGCGUAGCGAGUGCAUGAC